AUGGUGGCAACGGCCAGGGAUCUCUUCUUGUUUCUGCAGCUAACGGCUCUGCUGGGCUCCUGCAGACAGCCCAACAUGAUCCUCUUGCUAACAGACGACCAAGAUCUGAUGCUGGGGGGAAACGAACCCAUGCCGUACACACGUAACCUCAUCUCGACCGGAGGAGCUCGUCUCAACAACUUCUUCGUCAACACUCCCGUAUGCUGUCCUUCGCGAGCCACGAUCCUGACUGGAAAGUACGCGCACAACUGGCACACCACGUCCCCCGGGGCCUGCAUGCAUAUGAACGUCACCAGCCCGACCUUCAAAAAGAGUACAAUCGGCGUCCAUAUGCAAGCUCUCGGCUACACGACGGGCAUGUUCGGGAAGCUGGUGAACCCGGAAGGCAUGGAUCAAUACUGCAAGCCCCCGAACCCGCGGCUCUACCUGGAUUCGACGACUUUCUAG